GAAUUUAUAUUUAUCGAUUGAACUUACGAAUUAUGUACAUUUAUUAUCUGAUCUUACAUUUUUUAGCUUUAUUAUCAAUAUUAUUAACAGUAGUUUUGAGUUGUGAAUAUCAAUCACCCAUUAUCAUAGUGAAUACAUGGCCAUUUACAAAUGCAACCGAUGCUGGAUGGGAUGUUCUUAAUCCGUCAAGUUCUAAAGUAUGCGGAUCAUCAAUAGACGCUGUCGUUGCUGCAUGCACACAUGCAGAAGAUGAUCCGAAUAUUGAAAGUGUCGGUUAUGGUUGUUCUCCUGAUGAAAAUGGACACACUUUAUUAGAUGCAUUGGUAAUGGAUGGUAAAACAAUGGAGGUUGGUGCGGUAGCGUCAAUGCCUGAAAUUCGACAAGCAUCACAAGUGGCACGUGAUGUCCUAUUUAGUACAAAGCAUACAUUAUUGGUUGGACCACUUGCAGCGGAAUUUGCGAAGUCGAGAGGAUAUAAACCAACUUCAUUGGAUACUCCUAAAUCGCAUGAUUUAUGGUUAAAAUGGAAAAGCAAUAACUGUCAACCAAAUUUUCGUAAAUCGUCACAAUGGAUUCCAGAUCCUACUACAUCAUGUGGACCAUACGGACCAAACAUUUCUGAUACUGAUUUACGGAAACCGAGUGGUCAUUGUGUCAACAAAUUAGAUAUUAACAAUCAUGAUACAAUUGGUGUCAUUGCACUGGAUGCAUACGGUUCGAUGGCUGUUGGUACGUCAACCAGUGGAUCAACAUAUAAAAUUCCUGGACGUGUUGGAGAUUCGCCUAUUCCUGGAGCUGGUGGCUACGUCGUGAAUAAUAUUGGUGGUGCCGUUGCAACUGGUGAUGGAGAUCUUAUGAUGCGUUACCUAUUGAGUUUUCAAGUGGUUGAUUAUCUUCGUCAAGGAAUUGGCCCAACUGAAGCCUGUAAACGAGCCUUACAAAGUGUGAGAUCGCAAGAAAAAUGGUACGGAGCCCUUGUCGCUCUCACAAGUCAAGGUGAACAUGGAUCAGCUUGUGUAGGAUUCACCGAUUUUAAGUACAGUGUUCGAGCUUCAUGGAUUAGAAACCAAACUAAUAUAAUUGCUGUACGUUGUACAGAAUUUAAUAACCUAUAAAUUAAUAUUCUCACAUAAAUGACUAUUUAUUUGAUUGAUUUAUUUAAUAUCAAUGUAUUUUCUGUGAUUUGCAAUACAAAGUCAAUCUAGAUUUAAA